AUGCAGAUUUUUCAGGAUCCUGCACCACCCCACGACCACCACGAGGCCGCCGCCUACGACCCGCGCUAUCUCGACGCCUUUGUGAGCAUCGUCGACGUGUCCAACGACGCCCACACCCUCCUCGCCGCCCCGUCCUCUCUCUCCACCAAGCCGUCGCCGCGCAAAGGCCAACACGACUCCAGCUCACCCCUACGCAACGUCCUCGGCGACAAGGGCGUCAACGUCAACCUCCCACCACCCAGGGAGCAGCGUUUCCGCACAGACGCGCCCAUGAAGACGCGACAGCCCGAGCAACCGCACACCAUGGCGCCCGUCCACCACUGGCCUGGCCUCCCAUCCUCCCAAGCGGACAAGGAAAACGCGUACCCCUACUCGGACCCCAAGAUGAUUGCCAUGUCAGCCGCAGAGCCACCGGCCAAGCAAACCUGCAACAACAAGCGCGCCUUGAUGGAUACAGCGCCAUUGCGCGAUCGCAGCAAGAAGCAGAAGGUCGCCAAAGAAGUCAAGAUCGAAGAAUCCGAAGGACCCCUGCCAGAGCCGGACGACAUGCCUUCCGUCGAGGACGACGGCAGCAAGCCCUCGUACAGCUACGCAAUGCUCAUUGGAAUGGCCAUUCUCCGCGCUCCGAGUCGCCGUCUCACUUUGGCGCAGAUCUACAAGUGGAUCUCAGACACAUUUGCAUUCUACCGCAACUCGCAAGAGACCGGGUGGCAGAACAGCAUCCGCCACAACCUUAGCCUUAGCAAAGCCUUCUCGAAGCAGGAGCGACCAAAGGAUGAUCCUGGAAAAGGCCACUACUGGAUCAUCAAUGCCGGUUUCGAGAAGCAGUACCACAAGGUCAAGUCAACACGCCGCUCUACCAACCCUGACGGAUUUGUCCCAGCAUACCCCAGCGACCUGCCUCGCCCUUCCACGUCAACGUCUGCUAGCUUCCCACCCAUGAGCUCGACCAAAGGGUUUGACUCAAGCAGAUUCCCAGAGCCAGACGAGACUGAACUGCCAGAUUCGGAUGCUACUAUCCCGUGCUCAGACCCUGCUGCCCAUGACGGCCAUGACUCGAUGAACAUGCCACCGCCGCGCACUAUGCCAUCCUCACCACCACCAGCUGACAUCCAGUCAUCUCCGCCGCCGCCCGUCUCAAGGUCGCGCUCUGUUCGCGAGGAUACCCCACCACGAGCACCUCGCUUCCCUUCCAACAGCCGGUCAGGUGGACGCCGGCGCAAGUUCAACGGUCUCGGUGACAGCGGAUACUACUCGUCGAUUGAGUCAUCUGCCAUCAAAGGCAACCCGCUUGGACCACUUCUCACUUCCGAGGCAGAUCUCGAUCGACCAAGCAUCAAGAGGGGACGUGCUGAAGAGGAAAUUGCCCGGAUACGUGGCUCCUCAUACGACUCCCCGUCCAAGGCUAGGCAUCACAUGAAGCAGCCGAAUGCUGCCCAACCCAUCUCGUCGCCCUUCCGCCCAGGUGACAAGAUCAGUGGAAACCCACUCACCCCUGCCAUCGUCUUCAAGCGUCCUGCCCUGCCUCCUGCCUCCGCAUCGCCGAACACCAAUCUGCGAAACCACAGGAACAAGAUGCGGGAGCUCGUCGGCGGCUCGCCAGACAAGAGCUUGGCGAUGUGGGCCGACACUUCCUUCCUCGACGCCAAAGGCUGGAGUCCCGCUGUGUCGAUCCCCAACGAAGAGCAUGUCAACCUUGUUGGCGAAGGUUUCGAGAGCACAUUCGACAUCUUCGGGGAUUUCAGCUACAACGAAAGCCCUCUCAAGCGUAGCAUGAGCAUGAAGCGUCCCCGCAUGGAACGCGCUGUCACCACCAGUGGUGUUCUUGCUGACAUCACUGGCUCCAAGGGCAACAUGAUGAACUCGCCCACCCCCAAUUGGAAGAUGGCAUCUUCUUUCCUCAACAUUCCUAACCUUUCACCCAUCAAGGGCAUGUCACCGCUGAAAGCUCCGCAGCUGAAGCCUUCGACAUCGACACCAUUGGCAGGCCUUGGGCUCUCUCUCCCCGGACCGAACAAGGAAAACGGCUUGCCUGGUCUUUGCCCUUCGCAGCCCUUCAGCGCUCCUUCCACGCAGCAGCAGAGCAAGGAUGACGACGACAUCUUCCAUCUCCUGCACAGCGAUGAGUCCGAGCCUGGUAUCGAUCUGCUUCAAGGGUUCGAGAAGAUCGGUGCGCGUCCGUCUGCUGUUGCGCCGAACGGAUCACCCAAGAAGCUGUCGCGACCUGGUCUGACUCGUAGCAGCACUGUUCGAUUCUGA